CGAAUAUCACGGAGCUCUGCGAUAAGACGCACCGAGAAAUAUUCAAUUACAAUUCCAGCGCAGUGCGAAUCGAAAAAAUCCCACACCAGCCUCCUGCUAGUCUCUCUUUGCUGCUUCACUUGAAGCCCAGUUGUUGCUGUGAUAGCGGUGGAUUCCUGCUGACUCGAAGAGCUAUGGUGUCCAAUUCGAGGCUCUGUUAAUUUUCGAAAAUGACGCGAUAGCGAGAAAAAUGAAAGAACUAGCUCUCCUGCUGGUUUUGGGAACCUCUUUGACGGUUCCUCAAACGAUCAAAACCACUUUUAUAUGCCCGGAAGGCUUCAAAUCCAUCGGGAAAAAAUGCUAUCACUUCAGCAAACAACCGGCUUUAUGGACUGAUUCGCAUUUUCACUGCCAAAUCCUCAACAGCACUUUGUUAGUCUUCAAUUCACUCAAGGAGCAAAAUUUACUCAAAGGAUUCAUCACGCAGGAUAAUUAUUCCACCGUAGAUUCUGGAGAACGCUGGAUAGACGGCCUGUACGACUGGAAGCAGCACAAAUGGAAGUGGGGAUCCAGCGGGAAACCGAUCCAGGAAAACAGCUUCACCAGGAAGCAUACCGGAGAAGCCUUCAGGUGGAAUUGCAUCGCCAUAAACCAAGCGAACAAUAACAGAUGGGUAGCCAGAAAAUGCAGCGAUCAGAAACCCUUCAUCUGCGAGACCUCCACCAACGCCUACGUAGAGUUCAAGCUGUACAGCAGGAAAAAGAGGAAGUUCAAUUUAACCAAAUGCUCCAGCGGUUUACCAUUACUGGACUAUGAAAAGAGGAAGUGCCUGAAGCUGUUGGGCAGGACCGAAGUCCAGGAAAAUGAGCCGGCUCCUCUGACAGUACCAGAAGACAAUCCAGGGAAAUCUCACCACGCCAACUGGAUUUGUCCGGCGCAUAUGAUCAAUCUGGAUAAUCGCUGCUACACCUUCAGCGACCAUUCCAGCACCUGGCAGGACGCGCAUUUCGAGUGCCGCAGGAACGACAGCCGGCUGGCUUCGAUCAAAUCCAAGAAGCAGGAUUACAACUUGAGAAUGUUCCUGAACAAUUUUAUCGAGAAGCAGGACAGGUGGAUAGGCGGAAUGUAUGACUGGAAAUCGGGAAAAUGGAGGUGGGCCAUGACCGGCCAGCCUCUUUCCUAUCGAGGAUUCAGCAAGGCAGCUAUGAAAUCCAGGAGUUCGCAGGAUUUGGCGUGGAACAGUAUUUUUAUGGAUCCCGCUCUGGAUAAUCAUAAUGUGGAUUUUUUUUAGGUGGAAUGCGGGUGUCCAGACGGAAAAGAAGAGGUUCAUUUGCCAGGUUAAUGCCAAAUCGGUGAAAAGUUUGGGCCGCAGGAAACGAAGGCCUGCACAGGCGACUAUUACUAUUUUGAAGAGGAGAAAACAUGCUCGUGGGGUUUAGGAAAGAUCUGAAAAAAAUCUGGAAAAUCUGGAAAAUACAGUUUUUACGUGUCGAGUGUUCAUUGUAAAGCUUUAACAUUGAUGUUAGUGUUGUGAUGUUUAUUUAGGGGUUAGGAAUGUACAUAAUGUAACUUUUUUUCUGGAAAAGGGGGAAUUUUUGUUAAACCCCCGUAGUGUUCAAACUAAGUGAGUAAAUUAUUUUCUGAUAUUUAUAAAUUUAGCGUAAUAAAUAAAAAUUGUUCAUUUCAUUAAAUAAAUAUUUAAAAAAAAACUUGUAAACUGCCAAAAUGUAUAUGUAAAUAUAAUACUAAUUUAAUUUAGGCUAAUUAAAAGUAAUUAGAUCUUGUGUUACCGAAAUACAUAUUUAAAAAAAAUAGUAAUGAACUAAUUAUUACAAUGAA